CCAGCGUUUCACUGAGAAGUAGCUCCUAGAAUGGGCUGAUGCACAGAUGCCCAGUUUUACCAGAUGUUUGCUAAUUGUUGCUGGCUAGUCUGAUGGAGCUGAAUGUUGCGUUUUUCUCAGUUGUAUGGUUUCCAUGGGAAUUAAAUGAUUUCUCAAAUAUGCAUAAAAGAAUCAAAGCAACACUUCAGGUAUAUUUUUGAUAAGGGAAUAACAUUAAAACAUGAUGUAAAGCUUAAAAAAAAUUCWGGUAAUAUCCAGAAUCAUUUCUCUUCUGGGCCAGACAUAAGUAAGGGCUUAAAGGGGCAGUAGCCCAGGACCUCAAUUGUUGGGGGAGCCCCAAAACAUUCCUUUUUCUUUUUCUUUUUUUUUUAAUGAAUGUGUUGUAAUUUAUAUAAAACUCAUAGGCCCAUAUUAAGCAAACUGUGUUAAUAUUUUAAGAUUUUGAUGAAUGUAAACAAUUCUCAAAUAUUUGAAAUUGAUGAAGUUAUGAAACAAUGUUGUGGGGGAACAGCAUGGAGCCUAUUAAGCCUAUCAUGUAUCAAUUCAUACCACCUCAUGGAUUUGGCUACCUGUUAAUGGAUUGUAAUUUGUAUUAGCAGAAGAAUUUUUCUGGGCUCCUGCCCAAAACUGGCUCCAGCUCCUGGGCCUGCCAUGUAAAUCCGGCGCUGUUCCUCCUCCAUACAUGUUGUGUGUAAAGACAUCCAGAGAGUACAGCUCUCCCAGUUUUUGACGAGCAUGUUAAAAUCUUCUGCAGGAAACUGUAAGCAGGCUUCAAAACUCUUUUUCUUCAUCAGUGGAGUGUUGUGCAGUGAGCGUGAAUAGAGGCAGUUUAGCACAUUUUCUUUUUUUCUUUUGUGGGAAAAAAGAAAUCCUUACUGUUUCCAGAUCCUUGUGAAGCUCUCGCUCUUUGUCUACUCUUCCUCUGACAGAAAUACCCAGCUGAAGCUAGUCUAUAGGGAAGUUUUCUUCUUUCCCCCUUCUGAAUUGCAGCACAUUAAGAAGUUUAAAAAUCCAACUAUAAACAAUCCAACUAUAAACUGUCAUGAACAGUAAGACUUUUUUGUGAAGGUUUUUUUUAAAACUAAUCAUAACCAAGUUUUUUUUUUUCUUUACAUAACUAAUUGUAAACACCAGAAGAAAAGAAGCCAAAUCUGAGCGCCUGAAACAUGUUUGACACAAACACCUCACCUGUUAUGACUUCUGGUGAACAGAGCUGAAUUAUCAGGGGGCUGAGGCUCAGUCGGCUCUCCACCAAUCAGAUCACACAUCUCCUCUCCCCUGACACUGGACACAUGGAACAGGUCCAUCCCUCUCCUCUGUGGCUGUAGCUUCACUCGUCUUCUCCUGGAUAUCUGAAGCUGACAUCUUGGUUUUGGAUUUGUUUCACACUCAGUUUUCUGUUUAUUUUUUUGCUCUGUCGAACACGGAGCUCACAGAGGAUUUCCAACCGGCAGUGGCUUCUGUGCGUCUCCUCUCCUGUUUGUUCGCCCCCAAGAGGCCCUGAUCUCCGGGCGAUGGAAGCUCUGACAAAGAGAGGCCAUGGCAACUUUCCCCAGAGGAGAGCCUCCCCGAUGCCACAGGGAGUCGGGUGCAGAGAGCCGCCGACACCAGAGACGGAUCCGCCUCUGGCAACAGCGACGGAGGAACCGGGCCAAGCGGUGGAAAAUUUCACCAUUUCUGGAUUGGGCCAGUUGGAAAACUGGUCCAGGACAGAAAAAAAUCGAGCAUCUUCUUCUGGGAAACUGGAAACUCAAGUUGACAAAAGUGUCAAACAUUUACUGAAGACGAUGAGGAUUCAUCCAGAAGCCCAGAGGAUUCUGGGUAAUUCCGCCAUUGCUGUUGUAAGUCUGGAGCGCCUGAACUUCCAGAGUGUAUCGUCAUCAUCUCUGCAGCCUGUGGUGUCUCUGGUCCGACUGCCUCUUCAAGCAGAUGUAGUUUCUCUAAACUGUCCUCAACAGAAUGGGUUCAGUCCAACUCAGGAAGACAUCUUGGAAGUCAACGAAGGCCCGCCCCAGUCUGAUGAGUGUCAGGUAGAAACCAUGUCCGCAUGCUGGACUGAACCGUACUGUCCCGAAGGUUCACCAUACGGAGAACCAGAGCAAGACUCGGGCUUUGACUGUGAAUCCAACCCGGAUCAGCCUUACAUCCUUCUGGAUUCCGGGUCGGAUGAUGGGAGAAGCGAAACGGAAACCUUCUACUUGGACCCAGACGCGAAGCAGGCCGUGGUGAUGGAACUGGACCCGGAGGCGGAGGCGAACCGGGAUCUGUGCCUGCAGCUGGAGGACGACCCUGAUGUUAAAUGCGAAGCCGACGUAUUUGAAACGGAGCUCAGUGAAGACGGAAGCACCGACCUCUGUUGCCUGACCAAACUGGAGUCAGAAUCCGGAGCUGGGACUGAACAGACGGAGGAGAGUGAAGAUUUUUGUGCCGUUUGUAUGAACGGCGGAGAGCUGCUGUGCUGUGACCGCUGCCCGAAAGUCUACCACCUGGAUUGUCAUGUACCUUCUCUCAUUAGCUUCCCAGUAGGAGACUGGGUGUGUACGCUGUGUAGAACUGACAAGGACCCUGUGGAGAACACACACCCCUGUGGGGCGGUCAGAGUGCCUUACACACUGUCCGACCAGGACCAGAGAAGGUGUGAGAAGCUGUCUCUCCUGCUGUACUGUCACCCCCUCAGCGUUCCAUUCCACGAUCCCGUCAGUCCGCUGGCUCGAAACUACUAUCAGAUCAUCAAGAGGCCCAUUGACCUGUCAGUGAUCCGAAGGAAACUGGACAAAUUCAACACCCUGCAUUACUUCACAGCGGAGCAGUUUGUCGACGACAUCUUGCUGAUGUUCAAGAACUGCGCUACUUUCAAUUAUCCAGACUCGGAGGUGGCCCAGGCCGGCCGGACCCUGGAGGUGUUUUUCCUCAGCAGUCUGAAGGAGGUUUUCCCAGAGCGGACGUUCCCGUCGGCCAGCCAGGACAGGAUGAACAAAGCUCGCAACCGGUGGCUCAGCAGGAAGAGGAGACAUGUCUUCAGUGGAAGGAAAUUCUACCUAUAGACUAUCUACAUGUCUUCUGUUUUCAUUUAGUUUUCUAACAUAUGUCAGCAAGCUUGAACAACAACAUAGCUAAAGAUGGGCCUCGUUUGGACUGGACUCACUCAUUUGUCAGCUGUUAUUUAUAAUUUUACAAGAAAAUGUAGUAGACUGUCUUCUCUGCUUAACAGGAAGGUCAGUUUAUGUUACAAAUGAACUAUAUUUUUCUACUUUGGGAGAUAAAUCUGUCCUUUAGACUUUUCAACAAGAUUGGUUCAAUCAGCUGUUUGUCCAGUCUUGACCAACACCAUGCUUCUGUUAUUGUUGAAACUUGUUCUUGGUGAAUACAGAUCACUGUCAUUGAUCUGUAUCAGUGACAGUGAUACUAAUAUUUCCAUUUCAGGCUGUAAAUAUUAAAAAUUUGAGUUAUUGUGGGGGCAAUUAAAGGUUCGGUUGUCCAUGAUUGUUAAAUGGGUUAAGUUGUCCUCAGCUUGAAAAAGUGGUGUCAGAGCAAUGGAGGUUAAAUAUACUGCUUAA